AUGUCGAAGCUGGCGAACACCGACGACCCGCGCACCCAGGUCCCCCGCGAACUGCCCGCCAUGUUCCGCCCACCCGUGAACCGGGCGAUGCGGACGCUCGACCGAUCAUUCUUCCGCAAAACCGUGCCCCUCACCUCAGCUCGGAUCUUCCAGAAUUCCGAGAUCUCGCGCGUGCGCAAGGAAUUGUCCAACACGAAGGAUCUUCUUGCUCUGCCGCGACUGUCGAGUGUGCAGGAGAUUACGGAGCAGGAUGGGUCGGUGCGGAAGGCGCUUUUGUUAAGGGAGACGGUUAAACAUGAUGGUAUGUUUGUCCGUGGAGUGGAGUGGACUCUCUUCCUUCUGGCAAAUGGAUAUAGACUGAUAAUUGCUCUGCGCAGACAAGUCAACGUGGUCGCCCAAAAUUACUGA